AUGUCGUGGCAAACGUACGUUGAUGAACACCUUAUGUGCGAUGUCGAAGGCAAUAUCCUCGCCUCCGCCGCAAUUCUCGGUCAAGACGGCAGUAUCUGGGCACAGAGCGCCGCUUUUCCUCAGUUGAAGGCUGGAGAAAUCGAUGGAAUCAUCAAGGACUUCAAUGAGCCCGGGACUCUUGCCCCAACCGGACUGUUUCUUGGUGGCGCUAAGUACAUGGUUAUUCAAGGUGAACCAGGAGCUGUGAUCCGAGGGAAAAAGGGACCUGGAGGAGUUACUAUUAAGAAGACGACUCAAGCCUUGGUCAUUGGUAUCUAUGACGAACCGAUGACUGGAGGUCAAUGCAAUUUGGUUGUGGAAAGGCUCGGGGAUUACCUUGUCGAGUCUGAGCUCUAA